GCAUGGCGGACGUGCAAGUGAACUCUGUUAUUUGUUGGUGAUAAUUUCAAUUAUUAUCUUGUCGAGAUUCCUUAUGGAAAGAACAAUUCUAUUGCUUCUAUUUCUUUGCGGACGUGCACUAUUCAUUCCUUAACAUCUGAUAAUGUUAAAGUGUUAGUUGUAGUUAAAAUAGUGAGAACUGCAUAGGUUUUUCUCAAAAAUGGGAAAAUGUGACGAAGCUAAUGUCGAAGUUAGUAUGGGGGACUCGGCGUCCCCCAUGAAACCUGAUAAUUUCACCUUCACUGUACCCCCGGAGGCACCAGUCUUCGAGCCAACGCCUGAAGAGUUUUUGGACCCACUGGCGUACAUCAGCAAAAUAAGGCCCAUCGCGGAGAAGUCAGGAAUUUGUAAGAUCAAGCCCCCAGCACACUGGCAGCCUCCGUUUGCAGUUGAUGUGGACAGAUUACGAUUCACUCCUCGGAUACAACGGUUAAAUGAAUUGGAGGCGAUAACACGCGUGAAGCUGAACUUCUUGGAUCAGAUCAUCAAGUUCUGGGAGCUGCAGGGUUCCGUGCUCAAGAUCCCCACAGUAGAACGCAAGCCACUAGAUCUCUAUGCGCUGCAUAAAAUUGUUAAAGAAGCAGGUGGUUUCGAGGUGUGCUCGGCGGAGCGCAAGUGGUCCAAGAUAGCGCGACGCAUGGGUCAUCCGCAGGGCAAGGGUAUAGGAUCCAUACUGAAGAACCACUACGAACGCAUCUUGUACCCCUAUGAUGUCUUCAAGAAUAGUGGCGCAGUUGGUGAUAACAAAGAGACGAAAAUCGAAGUGAAACAAGAGCAGACGCCGGAGAAGGCAGGUGCACGCAGCCGGUCGAGCAGCAAGUGCCCGGCCGCCACCCCGCCCCCCGCCGCCCGACGGUACAAGAGCUCGGAGCCGGAGCCCGAGGCGGAGGGCAGCCGCACAGAGGGCGCUUUGCCCGACCACGCUGACAGGAAGCUGCGCACGCCCAGCAAGGACGAGAAUGCCAGCGAGACCAGGCGGAGUCCUCGUGAGAACAAGUGGAUGUCACCGGGAGGGAGCUGCGGUGUGGGGAGGUCGCGUCAGCUGCGCGAGCACCGGCUCAGCAACAUGACGGUGUCAGUGACGCCUGCGCCAGCGCCGCAUGCUCAUCACCACAACCCUGAUGACCCGUUGGCAAAGUACAUGUGCCACGUGUGCGGGCGCGGUGACGUGGAGGAGCAGAUGCUGCUGUGUGACGGCUGUGAUGACUCCUACCAUACCUUCUGCCUCGUGCCGCCGCUCGCUGAUGUACCCAAGGGGGACUGGCGGUGCCCUGUAUGUCUCGCUGAGGAGGUGUCGAAGCCGGCGGAGGCGUUUGGGUUUGAGCAGGCGACGCGCGAGUACACGUUGCAGCAGUUUGGUGAAAUGGCUGACCAGUUCAAAUCAGACUAUUUCAAUAUGCCCGUUCACAUGGUGCCGACAUCAACAGUGGAGCGCGAGUUCUGGAGAGUUGUGUCCUCAAUAGACGAGGAUGUGACGGUGGAGUACGGAGCAGAUCUGCACUCCAUGGACCAUGGCUCUGGUUUCCCGACCAAGUCGAGCGCUCAUCUCUAUCCAGGAGAGCAGCAGUACGCGGACUCCAGCUGGAACCUGAACAACCUGCCGGUGCUGGACGGCUCCGUGCUCGGACAUAUCAACGCAGAUAUAUCCGGCAUGAAGAUCCCUUGGUUAUAUGUGGGCAUGUGCUUUGCCACCUUCUGCUGGCACAACGAAGAUCAUUGGAGUUACUCCAUCAACUACCUGCACUGGGGCGAGCCGAAGACCUGGUAUGGUGUGCCGGGCUCCAAGGCGGAACAGUUCGAGGCAGCUAUGAAGGCGGAGGCUCCGGAGCUGUUCCAGCUGCAGCCGGACCUGCUCCACCAGCUCGUGACCAUCAUGAACCCUAAUAUACUCAUGAAGGCUGGAGUGCCGGUGUACAGGACUGACCAGCACGCGGGAGAGUUUGUGAUAACGUUCCCACGAGCUUACCACGCUGGAUUCAACCAAGGAUACAACUUUGCUGAGGCUGUCAACUUCACCCCAGCAGACUGGCUGAAGAUGGGUCGCGAAUGCAUCGCCCACUAUUCGACACUGCGGCGCUACUGCGUGUUCUCACACGACGAGCUGGUGUGCAAGAUGGCGCUGGAGGCGGACGCGCUCAGUCUGACUGUGGCGCUGGCUGCGUACCGCGACAUGCGCACCAUGCUGCACGAUGAGCGCAAACUGCGCAAGGGUCUACUAGACUGGGGUGUGACGGAGGCGGAGCGCGAGGCUUUCGAGCUGCUGCCGGACGACGAGCGACAGUGCCAGUUGUGCAAGACCACGUGCUUCUUGUCGUGUGUGACGUGCGCGUGCACAUCGCACGUCGCCUGUCUGCGUCACUACGCGCAGCUCUGCACGUGCCCGCCUGCAGCACACAAACUCAGAUAUCGGUACACGCUGGACGAGCUGCCGGCGAUGCUAGACAAGCUGAAGAAGAAGUCGGAGCUGUUCCGCGAGUGGGCUGAGGCGGUGCAGAACGCGCUCGAUCCAGACACGCCCAAGACCUGCGACCUGGACGGUCUGCGCGCACAUCUGCGCCGCGCACACGAACUCAAAAUGCACAAAACGGAGCUGGUGCGCGCGCUGGAGACUGCUAUCGAGGACGCGGAGAAGUGCGCCUCGGUCAUCCAGCAGCUGGACCUGAACAAGAUGCGUACGCGCACGCGCCACCACGACCCCAAGUACAGGCUCACCAUACACGAACUAACACUUUUCGCUGCAGAGAUUGAUGGCCUCGCCUGCGUGCUGCCUGAAGGUUCGGCAGUAAAGGAAGUGUUAAGACAGACUGAGGAAUUCGAAGACCGAGCGACGGAGCUGCUCAGCAAGGACCUGGAUGAGGUGGACGCUACUACCGUCAGGGAGCUGGAGGAGGUGGUAGAGUUGGGUUCGCGGCUGUGUAUCGUGCUGCCGCAGCUGUCUGGUGCGCAAGGUAGGCUGGCUCAGGCGCGCUGGCUGGCCGAGGUGCGCACUCUGCGCGAGGACUGCGCCGCGCUCACACCGCCAGUGCUGGACCGUCUGCUGCGUGAUGCUGACAAUGUGCUGCCACAUCGCAGGGUCGAGCAGGAGAGAGCUGCUCUGUACAAGUUGAGAGGUCAAGUGGAGGAGUGGGAGGCGCGCGCGCAAGCAGUGCUGUGCGAGGGGCGCGGUGAGGGCGGGGCGGGGGCUGCAGGGGGCGGGGCCGGAGAGGCACACACCAGCCUGGCCGAGCUGGACCAGCUGCUGGCUGACGGUGACGACAUUGAGGCCGCGCUGCCCUCGCACCACGCCCUGCACCAGGCUGUUGCCCACGCCAGAGAUUGGCUAGCAAAGGUUGAGGAGAUGCAGUCGAAGGAGCUGUACCCGUACUUGCACAGUGUGGAGGCGCUGGCGAGACGCGGAGCUCAGAUCCCGCUCGCACUCUACGAGAAGGACCAGUUGGCUGCGGCGUUGCAUUCCGCCAGGGAGUGGAAGCGCGGCGCCGCAGAUAUGUUCCUCAAGAAGAAUUGGCCGUACAGUUUGCUAGAGGCGCUCUCUCCCCGCACUGAGUACAGUGGGGGGGCGCGGCGGCGGGGGAGGGAGGCGGGGGAGGCGGGGGCGUUCCUGCAGCACUUCAGCGAGGACGCCACGCCCACUGAGAUCGUCGCCGCAUUCAAACAGGCCGAGCAUAGAGAACUGGCCGCUAUCAAAGAACUCAGAGCUCGAAAUAUGCGCAAAGAGGUCCGCUCGGCGCCCAUCACUGGUGUGACAUUCUGCUUGUGUCAGAAGCGACAGUACGGCGUCAUGUCACAAUGCGAACUCUGCAAGGAUUGGUUUCAUGCGUCGUGCGUAUCAUCUGCGUUGGAGGAGCGCGACUCGUCACCGGAGCGCGGGGAGCCGCCGCCUGCCGAACAGAAGUUCCUAUGUCCGGACUGCACGAGGACCAAACGCCCCCGACUGCAUCGUAUACUGGCGUUACUGGUGUGGUUGCAAAAGCUGCCGGUGCGUCUGGCGGAGGGCGAAGCGCUGCAGUGUGUCACGGAGCGCGCCAUGGCGUGGCAGGACUCGGCGCGUGCGCUGCUCUCCGCCCUCCCGCACCACGCCCACGGCCACGCCCACGGCCACGCCCACCAGACUGAGCACAGGAGAGACAGCGGCACUCACACGCAUGCCUCAAGAUCAUCAGCGAGCGUGGAGCACGCGUACAGCGCGACGCCGCGUUCCCCCAGCGCGCGUCUCACGCCCGGUCUGCUGCAGAAACUUGAGGAUCUCAUGCUGGAAGGAGACUUACUAGAGGUGCGACUUGAAGAGCAAAGUCAGGUGUGGAAUGCAGUGCUGGCUGCGAGGGGUGCGGAGGGGCGACGUAGUGCUCGCGUGUUGGACGCCGGACGCCGCAAGAGGCCGCAGCGAGCGCCCCGACCACACAGACAACUGAAGCGUACGCGCCCGCACCACGGCCCAACCACAACAAAGACUACGAUAAAACGAGGUUCUGCCACGACAACAAAUUACUUAAAUAGAAAACAGGGAAUGUCGUCUGGUUCUGGUCUGAUGAUGAGGAAGCACUACAUGGCGCGGCAGGAGCGGCGCAAGCGCGGCCUGGCUGUCUCCACACGCGGCAAGCAUGCCCGACAGACCAGGAUAGCACAACAGCGCGGGGCUGGCGGCAGUGGAGCUGGUGCUGGUGCGGCUGCAGGUGGUAGUGGUGCUGGUGCGGGGACAGCACGCCGCAGCACGCUGACAGCGAGACGCAGCAGCUCAUCUUCAGUCUCCUCAGCCUCUUCUGAUGAGGACUGCGCCGCAGACAACUGUCUCAGACCCACCGGUAAAGAAGUGGACUGGGUUCAGUGCGAUGGAGGCUGUGAUCAGUGGUUCCAUAUGCACUGUGUCGGUCUCAGUCGCGGUGCUCUGCGAGAGGAUGAUGACUACGUUUGCGGCGCCUGUGCACGAGACACGCGCUGAACACAGCACUGAACAAUACUGAGUGAUGCUGAACAACAUUGAGCUACGCUGAACAACACUCGGAACACUCACAUUCAUGAUUUUUCACUAAAAAAAUAACUGAUUAAUUACCAACAGUAAAUUCAAAAGUA